GAGAGAGAAGGAAGGAAGAGAGAGAGUCAGAGGUAUAUAUUUCUGUCUUAAUCUACUCAUCUCAUCAUCGAAACACAUCUCUCAACAACUCCAUAUCAGCAGCAUUACAACACUAUCAGGACAAAGGUUCAGUAAAGCAAUAAAGGGAGAGAGAGUGACGGGAAGGGCUGGAGUGGUCAGGGGAAGUAUCUUAUUGUGUUGGUGUGUAUUGUGUGCCACAUCUGGACAUACUGAUCUGGAGACAGUGCCAAAAGCAGCCUCUAGAAUCCUCCUCUCUGCAGCUAGUUUACACGGCCCAGAACAGUACACCUCGUGCCAGAGAGGGAGGGCAGGAAGGAAAGGGAGGAGAGAGAGAGACGCACAGGGCAGAUGAGGGGCAUCGGGGCUUUCCGCUCUGGAGGACAAACGAAGGGGAAAGAGGUGGGUGAAAGAGGAGAGGAAGCAGCUCUAUAUUCUCACUGAGAGGACGGAGGACACAGCGGAGGAGAAGACAAAGAGUGAGUGAAACUUCAGCGGAAGAAAGAAGUCAAAGUCAGAAAUAGUGAUAGAGAACAAGGAGAGAGAGCUAGAGACAGAGAGGCGAGUGUGAAAGGAUAUACAUUCAACUGAGACCAGUGGAUCAACAACAUGAAUGGUGAAGAAGAAUGUUUUACUUGAAUAGUAACGAUUUUACAGAGAAGAAUUACUGAAAAACACAAACUUUAUGAUAGAGUCAACAUUUUAACAAAGAGACUAUCAUCAAAUGGGCUAGAGAUGGCUGUAUUGGAAUGCAAAACUGAGGAAUACCUUCAUGAUGCUUCUGGGGUGAAAAGGUGCUGUGAGCGUUGUCGUAAAGGACAGUAUGUUCGCACCGACUGUGGCAAGUCUACAAAAACAGAGUGUGAAACCUGUCAACAUGAAUACUACACUGCUGAAUUAAACUUCUUGAAACAAUGUCUACCCUGUAGGGUCUGCUAUUCCAGCAGUAACCAGAAGGUAUUGAGGGAGUGUGAAGCCAGUAGUGACAGGCAAUGUGUGUGUAAGACAGGUUACUACUGUACAGACGAUGGAUGUGAACACUGCCUACCUGUGACCCUGUGCCCUCUGGGUUCAGGUGUUGUGAAUCAAGCCAACCCCCAGAAUGACACAGUCUGUGCCCCGUGCCAACCUGGGACCUACAACAGCGUCAACGAUGCCAUCACACACUGCCAAUCACACACCAGGUGUGGGGACCUAGGGAAGGAGGUGAAAAGUGCUGGGACUGAGACUACCGAUGCUGUGUGUGGUGCCUUCAUAUCUCGGUGUCACUGGAUACUACCUACCAGUCUGUGGGCGGGACUAGUGGUGACCUCACUCAUCAUAAUCUUGAUCUGCAUCUAUUGGAGGGCCAAGCGUCAAUCAUACAUGCCAGCCAACUCCAGUGGUCCUGGAAUUCCUGUAGAACCUGCACCUCCUUCCUUCGCACCAGCUGAGCUCAAGUUCCCCACUGAGUGCAACAGCCAUUGGAGCCUGGACCAGAAAGCCACUGAGCCACUCUUCAUCAACACAGCUGUUAUUCAGGUAAACGGCUAUACGUCAGACUGUGAAGUUGAGGCCGAUGGCACCACCAUAACAAUGACAACAUCAGAGCGAUUCAGCCAAUCGGAUCACAGUAAUGGAAUGAGAAGAAAUGACAUCAGACCCUCCCGCUACCUAUCAGAGCCACAGGAAGAUGAGUGGCCAGGGACUUAAUUCUGAUUUUCAACUAAAUAUGACUUUUUUCAAUGAACAAGACCCACAUGGGAAAAUAACUGAGCAGAUUCCUCCUUGAAGGUUCCUUGAUACAAUCCCUUUUGUAAAGUCUUAUCUCUGCAAUGCAAAUACACUGAACAUCCUUUGUUUCUUAGGUCAUUGAAAAAAACUGUUGGGGAGGGCUUAAAUAAAGUGUAACCACUGAGAUCAAAUGUC